AGUACGCGUUGCGUUGCGCACAAGGCACAUUGCACAAGGCAUAACUUCGCGACUCGUUGACGUUGACCAUCCACUGAUCGUCGUUGACGAGUGUUGACAAGGUCACGUUGCGAACAAGGAUGCAGAGUAGCGUACUCCGCGGUCUCCGCGCGAUGAGUUUCCAGCUGUUGCAGAGACGCCUCUUCAAAAAGUACCACGUGAGGGUUAGAUUCGCGCCCAGCCCCACUGGCCACUUGCAUUUAGGAGGAUUGCGUACCGCGCUGUACAAUUAUUUGUUCGCACGUAGCAAUAACGGCACGUUUAUUCUGAGAAUAGAGGACACCGAUCGGACAAGGACAGUUCCUGGGACAAUAGAAAAACUCCAGGAUGAUUUGCUGUGGGCAGGGAUUAUACCCGACGAAGAUCCUACCAGAGGUGGUCCUGUGGGCCCUUACUUGCAGUCCGCGAGGCUUGAAUUAUACAACGAGCAAGUACUUAAACUCUUGAACGAUGGAUCCGCUUAUUACUGCUUCUGUACGGAAAAAAGGCUGGAAUUGUUGAGGAAAGAGGCGAUCAAGUGUGGACAAAUACCCAAGUACGACAACAGGUGUCGGCAUCUUGCUGAGGAUAAAAUUAAGGAAAUGCUCCUGAAGGACUCAACUUAUUGUAUUAGAUUUAAGUUGUCGUCCACACCAGAAGCUUUUCGUGACAUGGUUUACGGAGAUGUGUUGCAUGAUAUUACCAAGUCUGAAGGAGAUCCAGUUAUCAUAAAAUCAGAUGGCUAUCCUACUUAUCAUUUUGCAAAUGUAGUCGAUGAUCAUUUUAUGGAAAUAUCUCAUGUCUUACGGGGUGUUGAAUGGCAAGUUUCUACGCCUAAACAUAUUAUGCUUUAUAAAGCACUUGGCUGGGAUCCUCCCAUAUAUGGACACUUACCUUUAAUAUUGAACGCAGAUGGAUCCAAGUUGUCGAAAAGACAAGGUGACAUAAAGGUCGAGUCAUUUAGGAAACAGGGUAUUUUUCCAUUAGCGUUGUUGAAUUACGUGAUAGGGGCUGGUGGUGGUUUCCACGGAGAACGGCAGAGCCAAGAUCUUUACAGUUAUCAAGAAUUAAUUAAACAGUUUGACAUCAAUAAAAUAAAAUCGAGUUCUGGCAAACUUAUGCCUGAGAAACUAUUGGAAUUUAACAAAUUGGAAAUGACAAAUUUACUACAAAAUGAAAAAAACCAUAAAUUUUUUAUUGAGAGAAUUAAAAAAUUAGUGUUAGAAGCAUUCGCCGAAUGGAAAAAUGAUGGAAAUUUGCAAUUGGAUGAUAAUCACAUAUUAACUACAUUAAAGUGGGCACAGAAUAGAAUAUCGACACUCAAUGAUCUCGUCAAAGAAGAUUUAGCAUUUUUAUGGAUUGUCCCAUCUUCUAUGCCAAAUGUUAAACAAGCUGAAUGUUCAGACGCGAUUAAACUAUUGAACGCGGAAUUGGUUGAAAUAGAUGCUAGUAAUUACAAGACUGAUUGGAUGGCGCCGUAUCUGAAGAAUUUUGCCAAGAAGAACGGAGUUCCGUUCGCUGCUUUGAUGAAAACUCUGAGAAGCAUUAUGAGCGGCGUAAAGGUCGGACCACCUGUUGCUGAAAUGAUGGAAAUUUUGGGAAAAGACAGAACGUUGUUGCGAUUACAGCGUUGCGUUUCUUGAGAAUUUAUUUGUUAUUUAAUUGUAAAUUGAAAUUUAAUUGUGCUUGUCAAAGGUAAAGGUAAAAUACGUUUUUUUCAUAUAUACAUACAAAAAAUCUGCAAAAUGAUGUGAAUUUUCGUCGGUAUAUUGGAUUAAAUUGCUAAUAUGUUUAUUAUUAGUUUGUGUGUGCGUGUGCGUGUGUGUGGGUGCGCGCGCGCGUGUUUAUAAAAAAAAACAUAAGAAUGUAUACCUCAAAUAACAUUAAACAACAAAAAUAUUAAUAAUUUUAUAAUAUUACCAUUUGUCACAUUUUUUACAACUUUUGAAUAGCUUAUUAAGAAAAUAAUGUAGAAACUCGGAACUAUAGAACUUUGAGAUUUAACUUUAUUAUAGAAUAGUGAUUUUUUUAUACACAUUGUGAAUAAUUUGUAAUAUUUAUACACUUAAGUACAAAAAGAUUAAUACAUGUAGAAAUUAUGCGUAAUUAUCUUGACGAAAAUAGAUGUAUAACAGAUUGAA